GCCGCCCGUUCUGCGCAACCGGAGUCCAAUGCGCAACGGAUGAGCAAGUUUCUCGGCCGACGCUGCCUUGAGCCAUCCUCUCUUCUCGUUGUGCCUGAGCGAACUAGCACUUGUCUUCAAGCCGACUGAUAUCCAGCAUCUCCUAUGUCUUUAAUGUUGGGAGAUUGGCAGAUCAUACCAAGUCUACUAUUGGUAAGGCUACAGGAAUUCAAUUCGCGAUGACAGCGACUAUUCCAUCAACAUAUGGGGAUAUCCCCUCACCACAGCCACUUUUCACGAAUGCCUCGAGCCCUCUUUUCACUCAGCCAGACGUACUCGUGAAAAAUACUUCGAAUGCUAACCAAGGCACCAAAACACACGCUGCUUGUGACGAGUGCAGGAAAAGCAAAUUAAAAUGCUCUGGCGAACCCACCGGCUGCGCCCGCUGCAUAAGACAGAACCUCCUCUGCCACUAUUCCAGUCAGAAACAGAUGGGAAGACCUAGAAAAAGACCAAAGACCGAUGACGAUUCUCCGCCGUCUCUGAAUACUCAAGAUCGCGAAAUACCCGAAUCUCAGGCACAAGGGUCCAAUGACUUUGCGAUUGAUCCUGAAAUUGCUGCCAAAGACCUUGAACGGACCGAAUUUGAGAACACUUGCUCCGCACCGAUCUCCCAAAGUAUCAGACGAGCAACCACAAGACAACGGGCUGGAACUCCUCAGACCUCGUACACCUCGACGACAGUCAGUGCCCGCACUCCGGCCGAUGGAGAGGGGUUUCAGGAUACGCAGUAUCCGACAGACAUGGCCUCAUGGCCCGAUUUUGGGGAUAUGACAAUGCUCCCUGUGCUCGUAACAGACGGCCAUAAACAAGACCACACUGUUCCUUUCUCAAUUCCUCAUGGGUCCUUGUCCCCAGGCCCUCACAGCCCACACCUCGAUCCAGAGAGUCUCUCCAACCUUCCCUCCAUACCCGAAUGUCCCUGUCUACCCAAUUCAUACCUGACUCUGUCCACGUUAUCUGCACUAUCAGCAUUCCCUGUUGCGAGUGGCACGGUGGACACGCUGCUCUCAGCACACCGAGUGGCCAAAGAUUCAAUCUACUGUGCAGUCUGCCCGGAGAAAUUCCAAUCUGGAUCGCAAAACGUCAUGCUCAACAGUGUCCUGAUCAACGUACUCGCGGACCACUGGCAUCGUGUCAGGAAAGCAACUGCCCAAGAUCUCAAGAAGGGAUUUGGCUCGACGAACGAGGACGAUCAGCCAGGUAGCCUCGAAACAUCCGAGCUUGAUGUCCUAGAAGACCUCGAAUGGAGGACAUUUGGCUAUCAACUCAUGCGUGCACAUGUCUUUGGCGAUACUCCGAUCCCAUCUCCGCCUGGUGUAUCUUCGCAAAAAGCAGAACCGCAGUACGCAUCUUUGACUUUAAUGGAUGUUUUUAGCAGCUUUGAACGCCGACAGAAUCAAUGGCACAAGACAUCGGCGUGGUCAGGGGAAUUCUCGUGUCCGGUUCGGACGGCGUUAACCAAAGGUCACUCAGCGGGCAUGACGCUAGAAGAGGUCAGGACAUGCCACAGUGGAGUGCAUGAUGCGAAGCUCGACCAGGAGAACGGAGACUUUCUGUGUUUGAAGAUUGUAGACGCCGCGAAGCGAGUGGUGAUGUCUUUGGACGUAAGUGCUCCCAGAAUUGAAGUGUGACAGGCUAGUGUUAGCCUGGAAUGUCGACGGAGAGACGAACACACCCACUGUCUCAAAGACCGGCUAGAAAUAUACAAUUACAUAACGAAUGAACGUCAUUAUAGC